AUGUCUGCCGUGAGAUCGCUGGUUCACAGGGCGUCCCUGUCGCGAGGACUGCUCUCCUCGACCCCCGUUUGCUUGCCUGCCACAUACACCUCCCGCUUCCGACGGCGGUUCCAUAGCUCCCCCGUCCCCUGGGGCAUCAGGUCGCAGAUUCUCAAGGAUGUCGGCGAGGGAAUCACCGAAGUCCAGGUCAUACAGUGGUACGUCGAGGAGGGUGCCCGGAUCGAGGAAUGGAAGCCUUUAUGCCAGUACCAGUCAGACAAGGCUAUUGACGAUAUAACGUCGCGCUACGAGGGUGUCAUCAAGAAACUGCACUUCCAGCCAGACGAUACAAUCCCUACCGGUGCUGCGCUUUGUGAUAUUGAGGUCGAUGACGCCAAGUACCCUGAUUCCACCCCAGCUCCGGCUCCAGCUCCAGAAGCAGCAGCUCCGGCAGAGACCACCGCUGCAGACGUGGCCGCAGAGUCCUCCGCAGCAGAUGUUACACAGGUAGCAGAGACGGUUGAAGCUCCACCAAAGGGUAAAUACGCUACCUUCGCAACUCCCGCGGUCCGAGGAAUGCUCAAGCAACACAACAUUGAUAUCUCACUCAUCAAUGGCACCGGUGCCCAUGGCCGAGUCCUCAAGGAAGAUGUGCAGAGGUACCUCGAGGGAGGCCAGACCCCCACCCCUGCCGCAGCUCCUUCAGCCACGGCUACAGCUCCAGCUCCGGGCCUUGACACCCCACAGGUUGAGACCGCUCAGGCCCUAACCCCCAUCCAGUCCCAGAUGUUCAAGACCAUGACCAAGUCCCUCACGAUCCCCCACUUCCUCUACUCAGACGAGCUCAAUAUUGCUGCUCUAUCCCGUGUCCGCUCCCAUCUCAAUUCCACCGCCCCCAAGGACGGCUCCCAGCCUAAACUCUCUUACCUCCCCUUCAUCAUCAAGGCGGUCUCUCUCGCCCUGAACCAGUUCCCCAUCCUCAACGCGCGGGUAGACACCACCUCAAACCCUGCCAAGCCAUCCCUCGUCAUGCGCGCAAGCCAUAACAUUGGCGUUGCAAUGGAUACCCCCACGGGCCUACUAGUUCCCAACAUCAAGAAUGUCCAGGCUCGCUCUAUCAUUGAUAUCGCAACUGAGCUUAACCGGCUUAGCGAAGUUGCCAGAGCAGGCAAACUUACACCCGCGGAUCUCUCUGGAGGCACUAUCACAGUCUCCAACAUCGGCACUAUUGGCGGAACCGUUGUUGCCCCUGUCCUUGUACCCACCGAGGUCGCGAUUCUCGGCAUUGGCAAGAUCAGAAAGGUGCCAGUCUUCGACGCCGAAGGAAAAGUUGCUGCCGGCCAAAUGAUGAACUUCAGCUGGAGUGCAGACCACCGCGUCAUCGAUGGCGCUACCAUGGCUAGAAUGGCGGCGCUUGUUAGUCGUAUGGUCGAGAACCCAGAUGCAAUGAUGCUUAACAUGCGAUAA